AUGGAUAUCUCCAACAACGACGCGACAAGCUCUCCCGUCGCGCCGGCCGGUCGGCGCAGGUCUGGACGCGCCGUGAAGGUCCCUGAAAAGUUCGUCCCGGAUGCGCCAUCCUCACAGCACAGCCUCGCGAGUUCGAAGCGGAAGAGAGGGGAUGAAGAUGUCGAAAAUGACGCGUCAGAUGUCGAAGAAGAUGAGUCUAGUGAGGAAAGCUCUGUUGAGAGUGCCGCAGAGGAGGAAUUAAAGGAAGCUCGCAAGAGGGCGAAGAAGCCGACGAAGAAACCUGCUGUGAAGAAGGCGAAAGUUAAUGGAAAUGGGCUGAACGAGACAGCUCCAGCUAUUAGGCUGCCAAACCGGCCAAAGAAAGCAAAGAAGGUUGCAAUCGCGGACAAGGACGCGGAGGGUCUCUACGCUGAGGUGUUUAUGGGUGGGGGAACAUCGGAGGAUGUCGCGUCACAGUGGCUUACGAAGUACGGGGAUAACAAUGCAGCAGCAUUGGCUGAAUUGGUUGGCUUAGUGGUGAAGAGUGCGGGCUGCGACAUUCCAAUUACAGAAGACGACAUCAAUGAUAUGGAUAACGUGGAAGGUAAACUGGGAGAUUUACAAGAUGAGUAUCAAGCACAAAAUAUCUCGGACUACCCUCUCAUCCACAAAGCAAAGAGUAGCCAUGCGUUUCGGGAGGCCUUGGUCGAUUUCUUCGAGGCCCUGAUCAAAGCAAUGGCCGAAUCAGGGGUCAUGUAUGAGGACGUGGCGCUGAUAGAGAACAUCCAUCUGUGGGUGGCUACCAUGACCUCGUCCACUUCGCGGCCGUUCCGACAUACAUCAACUCUCAUAGCUUUAACGAUCAUGACCUCGAUGUGUGCAGUGGCACAGAAAGAAAUCAAUGUCGCUGCAGCCAUUCUACGCCAGCUUAAUAGCGAAAAGAAGAGCAAGCGACAAAACAAGGCCCGACUAGCAGAUUUCCAGAAUAAGAUUACGGCCUCUGAAAAGAAGACCGACCUCCUUCAGGAAAAGAUCAAGGACUUCUUCGAUACCGUCUACGUUCAUAGAUAUCGUGAUGUGGACCCUAAGAUCAGAAUCGAAUGCGUGGAAGCGCUUGGAAACUGGAUGGUGACCAUGUCAAGUCUUUUCCUCGAUGGGCAAUAUCUGCGUUACAUGGGAUGGAUGCUUUCCGAUACAUAUGCGCCUAUGAGGCAAGAGGAUCUGAAGCAGCUAAUCAGGAUCAUGAAGAACAAAGAUAGUCAUGGUUCAAUGAAUCACUUCAUUGAACGAUUCCGAUCCCGGGUGGUGGAAAUAGCAUGCCGGGAUUCUGAACCCGGAGUGCGCGCUUCUGCUGUGGAGCUGGUCGGUUUGAUUCGAGGAGCCGGCAUGAUUGAACCCGAUGAGAUCGAUAUGAUCGGUAGACUCAUUUACGAUUCCGAGCCCAGAGUUCGCAAAGCGGUCGUCGGAUUCUUUGUUGAGGGCGUCUACGAACUUUAUGAUAGCAAGGUGGAGGAGCUGGGCGGCAAAGAGGAGGUCGGAGAGAUGCUGACAGUGGAUGAUGAUGAAGAUUUGGAUUCUCCCCGCGCAGGGUGGAUUGUCCUCAAAUCCCUUGCAGAGAUUCUGUCGAGCUAUGAUGCUGAGGAUCAAGACGAAAUGCCCAGCCAGAUCAACUUUUCAGGCGAUCACAAUUUUCUGGACGUCUCUGGCAUUGAGUCCAGAUUCUCCCUCGCCGCGCAAGCUCUCUACGAAAAGAUGCCAGAGCUCAAAGAUUGGGAGAUGCUUGCGGCUUACUUACUGUUUGAUCACUCUGCAAAUACCAAAGGCAGUAAGACUGACCGUGCGCUAAAGGAAUCUUUCAAGCCCACAGAACAGGAGGAAGUUCUUCUAUUGGAGGUUCUCCAUGCUGUGGUCAAAUCGAGCCUCACUAAGGCUGAUGGCUCCGAGAAAAGCAAGGACAGAAGUAAACAGAAACAACUCAAUGCUGAAUUUCUGCAGGCGAAGGAAACUACUGCACGCCGUCUAUCUGACAUCUUUCCAAAGCUACUCAAGAAAUUUGGAGCGAACCCGAAAACUGCAACAGCUGUGCUCCGGCUGGAGCACGUUCUCAAUCUUGGGGUCUUUGAGGAAUUACGACAAGACUCUACCGGUUAUGCUCAGCUCCUUGAUGAGAUAAGUGCACAAUUCAAACGUCACGCAGAUAGGGCUGUGCUCAGCGAAGCCGGGGCUGCCUUAUUACAUGCACGAGAAUACGAGGAACUUGAGGAGGUUACCGAAAACAAGAUGCAGUCAUUGUGGGAAGAUGCAACAGACACCCUGCGGCGAAUCAAUAAAGCUGGCGAAAUUUCAGUUCGUGGCACUUUCAGUGUGUCCGUCCUCACUGAUUUAUCUCACAAUCUCGCGAGACUCGACAAGCUGGCUAGCAUCUCUAACUGUGUAGAGCCUCUGGAGGCAGGCUCUGGUACGAAUGAUCCUUUGCCUAUUGACAUUCUUCUCGACAUAGUUGCUCGAGGGGUGUUCCAAGAAGAAGACCCUGAGCGCACUGAUCUAGAGGACGAGGUUGUCUUGUCCGCAAUCCGCUCGUCUAUGUUUUACUUCAUGUGGAAGGUUCGAUCAUUGACGGAGGCGAUAUCUUCCGGCACUGAAAUCCCAGAUAUUGAUAUCGAUAAACUGCGGGACUGGCAGGACACUUUCAGAACCAACCUCGUUGCUUCCCUCUCAUCUCGCUCCACGCUCGAUCAAGUUCGUGUCUUAGCCACUGGCACCCUCCUCGACCUGCACGUGCUGUUUGCAACCUUGCGACCUGCCAAGAAACCCAAAUCCAAGAACGGUGGAUCAGCAAAGGAAGCCUCGGACGAGAACGAAUACCUUGAAACGCUCAUCAAAGAAAUACCUCCGGAUGUGCAAAACGAGCUCACGUCCAUCUUCGACCUGGCAGAGAAGCAAUUCGCCAAGAGAUCGAAAAAGAAGCUCGCGGAGCCAGGAGAAGACGAAGCCCCCCAGGAUCUCGACUCCGAAUCUGAGGACGAUGAGGAAGAAGAUGCCACCGCCAGCGAACGUCAAGCUGAAACCCUGAGAGCUGAACAACAGCUUUGCGAACUGACAGGCAAACUCGUCCUCGCUAUCCUCGCCAAAGUUAUCGAUGCGUCUGGGCCCUCCAAAGGCAAGCUCCGCUCACGUAUCGAACGAAAUCGCACAAGACUCGGCCCAAAUUUCAAAGAGGUUGUUGCAUAUCUUGAUGAGGGUAAGGCGAAGGGAAAGAAGAGCCAUAGGAGCAAAGCGGAACAAGCGGCCUCGGCAGCGAAGAAAGAAGCGAAGAGCAAGGAGCACGUGGAAGAGUCAGAAGAAGAAGAGGAAGAAGAAGAAGAAGAUCCAUUUGCUGCGGAUGAACCUGGGGAGGGGACAGCUGAGGAUCUCAGGAGGAGGGAGCUGUUGGAUGAUGAUCCACCCGUCAGCGUUGAGGAUGACGAGGGUGAAGCUGCCGAGGAGGAAGAGGAUAUCAUGGGUGAUUGA